AGCUACUUUAUAUGUGCUUUCUUCCUUCAUUUGGUAGCCUCGCCUUUCUACAUUAGUGCCGCUUGGUCAGCAAACCCUUCCACGCCAAAACGGCCUCUUAUUGAUUUGCCCGAAGUACAAACCCUGUCACCUGGUUCCUUGUUGCUGAGUCCAGCCUGUGUCAGCUUUACAACCCCCGCCACUACUUGCUCAAAUAUAACUGGGCGUCAUUCGACACACAGUCGCCCUGGCCAAAACACAAUCCAGGAUACUCAGCCUAUAGAUGAAUGUUCCUCAAGCUCGGCGGAGCAAAGUGACAGCUCAAGUACCUUCACUACUGAUCCCUACAAGAACUGCUUUGUCUAA